UGUGGUUUUCAGACAGAGUUCCGUUAACAGGAAAUCAGGCUUUAGAUUCAGUCAUUGCGGACCAACGUAACUCUGGCGAUAUUAGAGGAUUUUUAUAUUUAAAAGAAAAGACUUCCAGGAAAACUCAAAGAUUACUUUUUUGCUGAUCGUGACGGUCAAUUUUAUGUCCCCGUAGUUUAUCUGAUGGAAAAAAGUUUUUGUUGAAAGUUUCCAUUGAAUCGCUACAUUUCUGAAAUCUUUGACCUGACAAACCGACUGAAAAAUGCCGAAAACGAUCAGCGUGCGUGUUACCACCAUGGAUGCAGAGCUGGAGUUUGCCAUCCAGCCGAACACAACAGGCAAACAGCUCUUUGAUCAGGUGGUGAAGACCAUUGGCCUCAGAGAAGUGUGGUUCUUCGGACUGCAGUACCAGGACACCAAGGGCUUCUCCACAUGGCUCAAGCUCAAUAAGAAGGUGACAGCCCAGGACGUUCGGAAGGAGAGCCCCCUGCUGUUCAAGUUCCGGGCCAAGUUCUACCCCGAGGACGUGUCAGAGGAGCUGAUCCAGGAGGCCACGCAAAGGCUGUUCUUCCUGCAGGUGAAGGAGGGCAUCCUCAACGACGACAUCUACUGCCCGCCCGAGACCGCCGUGCUGCUGGCCUCCUACGCCGUCCAGGCCAAAUACGGGGACUACAACAAGGACUCCCACACCACCGGAUACCUGUCCAGUGACAAGCUGCUCCCCCAAAGAGUGCUGGAGCAGCACAAGCUGAACAAGGAGCAGUGGGAGGAGAGGAUCCAAGUGUGGCACGAAGAGCAUAAAGGCAUGAUCAGAGAGGACUCUAUGAUGGAGUACCUCAAGAUCGCUCAAGACCUCGAGAUGUAUGGCGUCAACUACUUCAGCAUCAAGAACAAGAAAGGAUCAGAGCUUUGGCUGGGAGUGGACGCGCUGGGGCUCAACAUUUACGAACAGAGCGACAAGAUGACACCUAAAAUUGGAUUCCCUUGGAGUGAAAUUAGAAAUAUUUCCUUCAACGACAAGAAGUUCGUCAUAAAACCAAUUGACAAGAAAGCACCGGACUUUGUGUUCUACGCGCCGCGUCUCCGCAUCAACAAGCGCAUCCUGGCCCUGUGCAUGGGCAACCACGAGCUGUACAUGCGCCGCCGCAAGCCCGACACCAUCGAGGUGCAGCAGAUGAAGGCUCAGGCCCGCGAGGAGAAGAACCACAAGAAGAUGGAGAGGGCGCUGCUGGAAAACGAGAAGAAGAAGAGGGAGAUUGCGGAGAAGGAAAAGGAAAAGAUCGAGAAGGAAAAGAUCGAGCUAAUGGAGAGACUGAAGCAGAUAGAAGAGCAAACAAAAAAAGCUCAGCAAGAAUUGGAGGAGCAGACCAAGCGGGCCCUUGAGCUGGAGAAGGAGCGUAAGUGCGCUACGGAGGAGGCGGAACGACUGGAGAAGGAGCGCAGGAUGGCAGAGGAGGCCAAAGCUGCUCUGCUGCAGCAGUCUGAGAGCCAGAUGAAGAAUCAGGAGCACCUGGCCACUGAACUAGCUGAGCUGACCUCCAAGAUCUCCCUCUUGGAGGAUGCGAAGAAGAAGAAGGACGAAGAAGCCGCCGAGUGGCAGAAUAAGGCCAUCAUGGUGCAGGAGGACCUGGAGAAGACCAAAGACGAGCUGAAGAGCAAGGUGAUGGCGGCCCACGUGCAAGAGACGGUCCAGCCGGAGAACGAGCACGACGAGAACGACGAGAGCAGCGCGGAGGCCAGCGCCGAGCUCACGUCCGCCGCGUCGUACAAAGACCGCAGCGAAGAGGAGCGCAUGACCGAGACUGAGAAGAACGAGCGAGUGCAGAAACACCUGCUGGCCCUGAGCUCGGAGCUGGCCAAUGCUCGAGACGAAACCAAGAAAACGCAGAAUGACAUCAUCCACGCCGAGAACGUCCGAGCAGGACGGGACAAGUACAAGACCCUACGGCAGAUCCGGUCGGGCAACACCAAGCAGCGCAUCGACGAGUUUGAGUGCAUGUGAUCACCUUCCACGACACCUUCCAAGACACUGCUGGAACCACUGCAGGGGAUUCACGACAAGGCCUUUCCAUUUCACUGCAAACCUGCCUUAAACAAGCUACUGUUCCUUCUCCAAACAGGGUCAAUGUAAGAUAUCCUACUCCCAAGUCAAUAAACUUUCAUAAUUCCUUCCGAAUCCAGAGGACGAACUGCAUUGUUAGGUUUUUAGAAUAAUACCAAUAUGUUUCAGCAUUUCCUUCCCGGCAGUUUUUCAUAAGUUGGUCAGUGCUCUCAUUCCCAAUAAGUUGUGGACUUUUUAGGGUAAUGGUUAGUGUGAUGUUUGUCCAUUCAAUAUAGUCGUAUUAGGUAAGUUAACACCCAGUUCAGGUAUUUAUAUCUUUGUUCAUAGAGCAGAAGUUAUAUUUGGACAUGCCAGUUUUAAAUGUAAAUUUAAAUUCUUGGAAUGGAUACCCAUUAACGUGUUAUAAUUUGUGCAUGGCUUUCAGUUUAACCUCAAACACAAAUUCCCAGUUUUUAGUUACAUUUGAUUUAGGUGUUUGAGUAGGGCGCAGACACUAGUCUAACUGCACUGGCCUUAACUGUAGGUUACCAAAUUCACCAUGUCUUAGAAUCGUUAUAUUAUCAAAGGGGAUACUUUUUACACAAAGUUAUUUGAUUUAGUAAGUCAUAGAUUUGUAUGCAAUCACAUGUAGCAAUCAGAAUUGAGCAGUUGAUCUCAGUUGGUCCAAUUACAUAUAAUAAUAGCAGGUUUGUUUGUUGCUUGGUGGGCCCUCCACUGUUAGUCAAAUCAGCGAAUUAAGAAGAUGAUGUAACAAAUUGUACUUAUUAGAUUUUGCCAUAUUUUAAUUUUAAGCUUUGUUUUUUCAUUCUGUUUAAGUUUGUUCUUUUUUUUACUUGGAUGGCAUGACAUUAUUUUAAUGGCACUCUUUUCCUUUUUUAAAGCUUUGGAAGGCAAACCUUUGCAGUAUUAUAUUCAAAGAGUAUCAGAAUGGGUAAAACAGUGUUCAUUGUUGGAAUGUUGCUCUUCUUGUAGUGCCAUAUACAGAAUUUCCAAAUGGUCCUUAUAUUCUGAGUGUAUCUGCUAUGACUCAGAGCCAUGCACCCUAGAAAUUAGGAGGUUUUUUUUAUAUAACAGAUCUUUGCAGAAUUUUUCAUUAAUAUGAGAAACCGGCUGCUGUAAAGCACACCAUUUGUCCUGAGGCUUGCCUCAUAUUGGUUUAUCUUGAAUUAAACAACAUAAACUCUGUGAUUACAUAAAAAUGGGUGUAUUGCUAAUGUCAGAGUCCAUUUCUAGCUUUUGUUAAUUAAAUUAUGUUUGACCGAAAACCAUAAUGAAGCAUAAAUAAGGAUGUUGAUAUUGCAUUGCUAUUUUAGCACCAAGCAGUGCCUUUCAGCAAAAAUACAAGCUGGCUGCUUUAAAAGAUUUACAUUUCAACUGAUAAUAAAACUGAAGAAAAAAUA